AUGUAUGUUAACAAUUUCAGUUUGGAGGAUCUUCUGGAGCUUCGGGUCUGGACGCCUGGGGACGGCCUACGGUACAGCUUCGAUGUUCAGCUUAUGUCAAAAGUGCCGCCGGAGUUACAUGCAUGGGUGCCAAAGCUCCUGCAAUCUAUGAUGCAGGAACAGCAGGGACUAGCAGUGACCCAUGACAUGGAUCGUGAAAUACUGGAAGUGCUGGAUGUCCUAGUGGGGGAGGGUGUCGUGGAGGGACCGCCGUGGCGGCUCACAGAUGUUGCUCAGCAGCGGGUGGAGCAUUGUGUCAGUCUAAGCAACCAUCAGCGAUUCCUGAGGAGACACCGCGGUGAUCUGCAUGAGGCCUCGACUUUCCAAUUGAUUCUUGAAAUGGAUGCAGAGGGAUGGACUCAUGAAGUGCUGAGCAAGCAAGAGUACAAGGAUCUGAAGCGUGCUAAGGCUGAGUACAAGCACGGGGAGCAAAAGCGGUGGUGCUCUUGUGAGACGCAUGCUGUCGCGAACAGGUACUACCUGCUUGCUUUGUUGUUGCUGGGGGCAGAACAACCCGUGCCACAUGUUGCCAAGCCUGAGCUGUACAUGGAAAUGCUGGGGUUGCGUCCUGAGGCAACACGUCGUGCCAGAACAGCUGUGCCAAAGUUUAAGCACACAGAUGAGAAUGCUGGGUUUCUCGACUUUGAGGACUUUCCAAAGCCACCACCCCUGAAACGACGACGUCGUGUCAUUGGCAAGCAGCCCGGUUCGCCUUUGGGUGAGGUGCAGGGGCCUGAAGUGCAUGAAGACCAUGAGCAAGAAGAUGAAGACGCUGCCAUAGAUGCUGCUUUGGCAGAACUGGCGUCCCCCAGUGGCAGUGGUAGCGAGUUAGAAGCUGCUGGCGCACAAGAUGACAGCAGCAGCUCCGGGAGCAGCUCCGAUAGUUCGUCCGGCUCGUCCAGCUCCUCCUCCAGCUCCAGCAGUGACAGUGAUUCUCCGGCCCAGCCAGCAGGUGCUCAUGACGACGAGCCAGCUGGCCUCCCUGAGCCUCGUGGAGCCAGGGCGGCAAGAAGAAAGAAUGUCAGCUAUCAGUGGGCAGGACACACCUUUACUCCCAAAGGACCUGCUGAUCGGCCAAAUCAUUGGCAAGUAUCUUGCUGCUACGCAGCACACAAUGUUGACAAAAAGUGUACGAAGACGAGAUCUUGCCGCUAUGGGGGCAGCGAGGAGGUUCAGCGCAUGCUGAAAUGGUGGGCGAUUUUAGGAAGAGAUGCUGCAACUGCCCAGGAGCACGCAGAGCUUUUCCAGGAUACAGUCCUUCCCAGCUUUAACAUUAGCACCAUGCCGAGCCUGGACGAUUUGGAGGAUUUGGAGGCCAUGGCGGCUGCAAAUCCCUGA